UUUGUCUUCCUGACCAACGUAGAGACGGCGAGACCGAGACGCGACGCUUUACCCUUUCGCCUCUACGCAUACCGGCAGACGGCAGACGGCAGACCGCAGAUUCGCAGAUUCUCCUCCAGGCCGUCUCCAUCGUCCGGGAUCAGGUGUCAGGAAGAAAAUGGUGGACUAUUUGUCAAUGCUGCCUGAUGAGCUCAUUUAUGAGGUUCUUUCCCGUCUUCCGAUGAAGGAUAUAGUCCGUACUUCUAUUCUUUCAAAGCACUGGCAUGACAUUUGGCUCUCUUACCCCAAUUUUGAACUUCAUUUUGAUUUUUGCAUGUGUGAUGGGCACUUCAUGACUCGUAAUGGGUAUAGAUUCUUGAAUUUUAUUGAAAAUUGCGUUGAUCAAUGCCUGUCUAGGAAGGAAUCCAUUGAAAAUUUCAGUCUUAGUAUCUGUUUUCCUGACAUUCAAAGAUUGACAGCAAAACUCAACGGUUGGUUAGAUUUUGCUACUGAAAGGAAUGUUUCCAAGCUUACGCUUAGGUUUGGUCGAUCGUUUGACUUUAUCCCCCAUUCUCAAGUUUUAUAUUCCAUUCCUGAAGAGGUGCUAAAUGCCAAAACACUUGUGGUGUUGGAUUUAUAUCGGUGUAAUUUGGAGGAAGGCAACGUUAAUCUACCAUGUUUAGCAAAGCUUUCUCUUAAUAAAUGCUUAUUUGCGGAUGAAAGUUUGAUGCAAGAUAUUGUGAAUGCUUGCCCUGCUGUUGAGCAAAUAUCAAUUGUAAGAUGCAUUGGUGUGGGGCAUUUUCUCAAUAUUUCUUGCAAACCUCACUUAAAGAGCUUUAAAGUUGACCAGUGCAAGGAGUUUCAAAAAAUUGGAAUUGAUGCACCAAGUCUUCAUCAACUUUCGUAUAGCAGUUCAAACAAAACAUGUGCUAUUCACAUGUCUACUUGGUCCACUGUGAAACAACUGGAAUUGGGUCGUGGCAUGAUUUCGCAGUUGGAAUAUUUUCUGCCUAAAUUCCAGUGUCUUGAAGAAUUGAGGUUAAGCAAUGGACAAGCAAAAAAGUUGGUGAAGAUUUCAAGUUCAACUCUUAAGAGAUUGGUUUUACAAUUUGUCCGCACCUUCCCCAAAUCAAAAAUUGAAGCACCAAAUUUGCAGACUUUAGAGUUUUCCCCAGCUAAAUUGAGUUCUAAGUUCAAGUUUGCCUCCUGGAAUGUUCCGAAAUUGGAAAAUAUUGACAUGAUAUUUUCAGUUCGAUACUUUAACAAAGCUUAUAAGGCAGGACUUGGUCAAUUUCUUAUGAAAUUGCCUAGCUAUGGCGAUCUGAAAAUGGUCAUGUCUGACUAUGAGGAUUUUGUGAUGAUUGAGAAAUUGCAUGCUGUGUCCUUCAGUUCUCUCCGGAAUAUGGUUAAUAGAUCAGAUGCAAAAAACAUUCUUAUCUCAUCGGGGGAAACAAGACUGGCUCAGAUGCUUGGGGAUCAGGAAAUCAAAGGUGCCACCACAAUAUACUUGGCCUGUUCUUCUCCGGAGGCUGCUGAGGCCUUCUGUAAAGAAAUUGAGUAUCACCCAAUUAUUAAGGACAGCUAUCAGCUUCUGCAGAUGGUAUCUCCCGAAGUGUUAGAAAUUAAAAUGACCUCUGCAUUGAGAAGAAGGCUGUGUAGAGCUUUCAAACAUCAUGCCGGACUGAUCUUGCACAGGAAGAAGGUGGAAGAUACAUCAUGUUUUACUUAAGACUGGACAUAAUAUGCCACCCCUAUCCCUAGAAUAGAUGUUUGCCAGCAUUUGUUUACUUUUGUAGACUGCAGUGAUUCCUUCUCCAAAUUAAAGAAACAUUUAUAUCUUUUAGGGAAAAGUCAGUUUUAGUUUCUCAAUUAUACUUUCGGAAUUGAUUACCUUAUGGUAUGCUGUUGGACUGUAUUUGAAAUUUUACUUGGUUCUUUUAAUGUGUUUUGCUGACUUAACUCUCA